CCCUCCCAGGCAUCAGGAAUUGUAUCCGACCUUUCUCACCACCACAACCUCCACCACCAUCAUCUUAUGUAUAACCUGUGUGAACAUCCUUUCUUCCAAGAUUACUCCAAUCCUACAGUCUCGCCUUGCACAAGCAUGACCGGGUAGAUCAGCUACAGCCCGAACCAGCAGCCAUGCCCGAAACAUCCUCGAAACCAGACCCUCCCUCUCCCUCUGCUUCAUUCUACGAUGUCUCGGACGACGAAGAGGGAGGAUAUAAUACAAUAGCACAUACAUCCCUUUCAAGAGGUGUCAAACUACUAUACUCGAAAAGCAAAGUCUACGUGCAUCCUACCAAAUCGGCCAAGGACAACAUUCCCGGCUUCAUCGCCCUUGUGCAGCAAAAGUCCCCCCAGACUCUCACAGAUGAACGACCGACUUCUGCAGAUUCGUCCAAGAAGAAGAACAACUCCUCGUCCUAUCUGCUGGCUUGGGUGCCGGAGUCUGCUCUGUCACAAGAUGACCUAAGCACAUAUGUUAAAGUCGACAUGAAAGACGGCCAAUCCCCGCCGAGGCAGUCGUACCUAGUGCCUCCUCUUCCUCUUGCAACUACGUUUGAUGAAUCGCCUGUCGGCCCAUACGCCUUCUCACUACCUCUCUCAAGUAUAUAUUCGAUCCACGUUCGACCGCCGAGUUUGGGGUGGUGGUACGGCAGUGUUGUUAUCAACACUCGCGCUGGCUCAAGUCUACCGGCUUUGUUUUUCCAUGACUCUGAAUGCGAAAGCACAAUUCUUCAGAAGAGAAGGAGAGCCCGCGAGACUUUCGAUCCCUUUGGAGAAACCGGGGAUUUGUACUGGGGAGGAGACGAAGUCUUGCGCUGGCUCAAGCGAUCUGUCACGGUCGAACGGAGCACGGCUGAGCCGUCCAUAUAUCUGAUAGACCCGUCCGAAGAGGACCUUCUUGGAUUUGGACAAGGUCGAAAGUCAAUGGAGAACCAAAGGCAACGGGGCAAGAGCACUUCAGAACAGAAAAAGCCUUCCCAACAGCAGAAGCAGCCUCCCGGACCAGGAAUGGAUCCUUUGACCAAGGCCUUGAAGGAAACGAGGUGGAAGAUCCUCGAGCAGCUAUCCAAGGUCACCACUUUCACUCGUCGCACUGCGGAGGACCUUGCCAACAAUAAGAAUCUUCCACCUCAGUUGCGUCGAAUCCUGCAAAACCCAGAGAUCCAAACUUGGCAGGAUGAGUAUGAUAGUGCGAAGCUAUACCUCGCUAAAUGGGCAGCGAGUAUCGCCGAGCAAAGUGACCGGGAGAAGAGACAGCGCAUUUGGACCGCCAGAGAUGUUCUUGAUUCUGAAGAAACCAGUGUCGGCGAUUUCGAAAUCCUCGAGAUGGAGGCCGGUCGGAUGGAUUUGACAGGCAGCAAACGUCGACCGGUUGAUCUAGACGAAUGGAGAUCCUUUUUCGACGCCAAAGGUAGCUUGCAGGUCACGGCCGACGAGGUGAAGGAACGUAUAUUUCACGGUGGUUUGGAUGCAGAGGAUGGCGUCCGUAAGGAGGCUUGGCCCUUCCUCCUCGGUGUUUAUGACUGGAACAGCACCGAACAAGAACGACAUACAUACAUGAACGGCAAACGUGAUGAAUACGUCCAGCUAAAAGGAGCGUGGUGGGAACGCAUGGCUGAUAACGAAGCCACUCCAGAACAGGAAGAAUGGUGGAAGGAGCAAAAGAAUCGCAUCGAGAAAGAUGUCCACCGUACCGAUAGACAUAUUCCACUUUUUGCGGGUGAGGACAUUCCUCAUCCAGACCCAACUUCACCCUUCUACAACGCCGACGGUCCCGGCACAAAUGUGCACAUGGAACAGCUUAAAGAUAUGCUCCUCACAUAUCUGGAGUACGAUACACCAUCUUCGUCGGUCGCCGCCUCGAAUCAACCUUCAUCCUCAUCGUCUCCACGACGUGUAUACCAAAAUCAAAACCCUCAUCCACAGAAUCUAGGCUAUGUUCAAGGCAUGUCUGAUCUUCUGUCUCCGCUCUACGCCGUCUUCCAAGACGAUGCCCUGGCUUUCUGGGCCUUUGUCUGCUUCAUGCGCCGCAUGAACCGAAACUUCGUCCGCAGCCAAUCUGGCAUGCGGGCACAACUGGCCACCCUGGACCAGAUGGUUCAAAUCCUUGAUCCGAAACUGUACCUCCAUCUCCAAUCAGCCGACAGCACGAACUUCUUCUUCUUCCGCAUGCUGCUGGUUUGGUAUAAACGUGAAUUCGAGUGGUCCGACGUGUUGCGAUUAUGGGAGAGUUUGUGGACGGAUUUUUACAGCUCACAGUUUCACCUCUUCGUCGCUGUGGCUAUCCUCGAGAAGCAUCGCGACUUCAUCAUGGAUCAUCUUGAGCACUUUGACGAGGUCCUGAAGUACGUCAAUGACCUGAGUGGACAUAUCGAGCUGCAAGAGACUUUGGUCCGGGCCGAGGCCUUGUUCAAACGUUUCGAGAAGACGGUGGAGGCGGUGGAUCGGCGCAACGCUUUUCCCGCGCCUGGACAGACUCAGGGUCAAUCCGAUUCUGGUACAAAGCAGGGCGGUGAUGGUGAAAGCACCCAAAAUACGACCAGACCCAAUCCGGCCGCAGCAGGGUCUUCGAGAAGCCCUGGACGUCAGAGCUCGAGGCCCAUAUCUCAGGGUAGACCGACGUCAAAGGGGGGCAAAGCCCCCGAAAAGGACCAGGAGAAGGUCAUUACGCCGGAGCUGAGGUUGCUGCUGAGUAAGAAGAUCAUCACCCUGGAAGGAGAGGAUAGCAACGAGGCGGAUGGGUCAAGAACCAGGGCCAGCGGGUUGAAGGACUAAAGUCCUAUAGAUUGUUGACAGGAAAGCCUUGAUAGAUGGGCGUUCUUCCUUGACGGAGGGCUCGGUACGUCCCCUGGUUUGAUGAGUGAUGAAUUAUUAUACGUGGGACAAAAAGCAAAUGACGAGCUGGCCGGGAUAGCCAGAAUCGACACUGGGCGUAUUUGGGAUCUACCUGGGGCAUUCAUGUAGUGUGCAAGACAAGACUCCUUUUCGGUCCGAUCCUUCUCAGCUUUACGCAUUGUAUUUCUAUCCCCUUUGGUUGGUUGUGUAUAGCCUUUACAAUUGGUGAAUUUUUCAACCUCGUCGUGACGUGGCCGAAUUUAUGUCUCCUUUCCAACUUUCAUCGGACAGCAUAUUUCGCGAGAUAGCUACCUUGGAAUCCACCUAACC